UUAUGAAAGGCAGAAAUAACAAAUGUGAAAAUAUGUAAUGAAUUCAAGGCAAAGGUAUUAGGGUUUUAACAGAUCAGCUAUCACCAGUGCCACAGAACUGUAAGUAGUAAAUCAAAGGGAAACUUAAGUUCUAGUUACUGACAUGGAGUUUACCAGGCGUUGCUUGCCAAUGGAAUGGGAAGAGCGAUGGAGGAAAGAAAAGGAAAGGAGGAGAAGACUGACUGAAGAAGAAGGAAUAGAGCAGGACAACCGGGAGCUGAGGUGGAUUGUUGCUUACAAUGACUCCCGGAUGGGCCUUUUGAGUAGUAGGGGUAAGAAAGAAGAGACAGAGGUCCAAAUGAGUAGCAUGCAAGGAAUCACGCCGCAUACGAGUGAGGAAACAUUUGAGGAGAAAGAACACAGUGAUGAUAUCCAUGUUUACCACAGCGAAACAUCUUCUAAACAGAUAGUUAAGGCCCUGAAGGAACUCUGGGAUUCAUCUCUUCUCACAGACCUGACUCUGACCACUGACGACGGGAGUAGCUUCCAUGUGCAUUCCAUUAUCCUCGCUUCUAUCAGCUCCUUCAUCCUGGAGAAACUGGGGGAGAAAAAUGGAGCACAAUCAAAAGGGGAUAAGGAUAUAGAAAUAUAUGGGUGGUCACUUUCCCUGGGACCUGAGGUGGAUCAUGUCGGGAUUCAGGCAGUUGUGGGGUUUGCCUACACAGGGGUUAUAUUUUCCUUAAACGAGAACAACAUGGCUCCCAUCAAGGCUGCAGCUCAACUACUGGGGGUCCCAAGACUGCUGGAUCUCUGCAACAAAGAGGAAAGGAUGAAGAAAAAUGGAACUACCAAGAUGGAAGAGAAAACUAUUUCUGCUUUAGAAGAGAUGAAGAUCACUCUUAAGUCUGUUGAGCAGCUGUGGGCUGACAGAGUGGGAUGUGAUGUGAUUUUGGAUGCGGAUGGGACUUUAUUUCAUGUUCACAAAGUUAUCCUGGCAGCAAACAGUGACUACUUCCGUGGCAUGUUCACCUGUGGAAUGAAGGAAUCUCUUCAGGUCUGUGUUUCCCUUCCAUUCCUGUUAGCAUCUGAAUUAGAGGCACUUAUCGACUACUCAUAUGGUGGGAACCUCUUACUCAACUGGAACUGUGUCUUUGAGAUUACCUGCACUGCCAUGCAGCUUCAGUUCCAACCGGCCCUCUCACUUUGCCUUGACUUCAUGCGUCAGGAAAUGGAAGCAAGAUCGUGCCUGGACAUUGCGUCUUUUGCUGAAGCGUAUGGGAUACCGGCACUCCUUGAAGAAGCUAAUGACUUUGUACUGAGGAACUUCUGGGAAGUGUCAUCCACAGAGAAGUUUCAAGACCUACCAGCAGAGAAGCUUAUGGAUUUCCUCCGCUGUGAUGGUCUGUGUGUGCCCUCAGAGUUGGCUGUAUUUCGAGCUGUAAUCUCAUGGAUUGAAUCUGAUCCUGAGAAGAGAUUGGACCAGGCUGGCCAAUUGAUGACUGCAGUCCGGUUUCCCCUCAUGACAUUUCGAGAGUUCAGAGAGGUUAGGGCUAUUAACCUGCGACUGGAGUGCUUUGGAAACAAAGAUGUUGAACUCUAUAGUUCAGCACUGAAAGAAUUUGGUUUUAGCUUUUCACAAACCCAGGAUCAGUGGAGAAUCAGGCGACCCAAGGAUGCUCUGGUUCUGGUCGGGGGAGAUCAGCUGAAUCAAGAUAUGGGUCAGCAUAUACCAAGCAGGGAACUUUGGUUUGCAAACUCCCUACGCAGUGGUACAGGGUUGGUGAAGGAGAUCGAAUGGAGGAGUCUUGGGGAAAUGCCAGGCAGGCCUAGGUUCAGGCAUGGAGUUGCAGCAAUGGAUGGAAGGUUAUAUGUGUUUGGAGGAUGUCACUUCUAUGCCAAGGAUGACAUAAUGAAAUCUGCAUACAGUUAUGACCCUGUGCAGAACAGCUGGAAGAGACUGGCUGACAUGCAGGAGUUAAGAAGCAACUUCUCUGUCGUGGCUCAUGGUGACCGUUUCUACGCUAUUGGUGGAGAUAAAGAAAUCAACACCAACGUAGAUAGUGUUGAGAUGUACAACCCAGACACUGAUUCCUGGAGCUUUGUCAAGCCCUUAGACCAGACUCUGAGUGGGUUUGCUGCCACUGCUGUAGAUGGAAGAAUCUUCAUUUCCGGAGGUUUCGACUGUAAGUAUGUGUGUCUUGUUUCCAUGUUCCUGUACCACCCAGAGAGAGGAACCACUUACCUAGCGGACAUGGCCCAUGACCGGGCCCAGCACUGCAUGGAGGCCCUGCGUGGCCACCUUUACGUCAGUGGUGGAGUGUGCAACCUCAGGACAUAUUAUACUGAUCAACAAGCCUGUGAGGUUUAUGAUCCAGUGACUGAUUUCUGGACUGCUUUUGCUUCACUCCCUGUGCCCCAUGUGGGCGCAGCCUCAGCCAUCCUGGAAGAAAAGAUCUACAUAUUGGGUGGAUAUUGCCAGGAGGAUUACAGUGAGUCUGGAUUGGUCCACAGGUUUGAUACCAGCACACAGCGAUGGCAGACCAUGGGCAAACUUCCUUCUGCUGUUACUGACAUUAGGGCAUGUCUGCUCCGACUGCCUGAACACUUCAGGAACUAAGGCUAC